CCUCCAACCAGACACCGCUCGCAGCCAAGCAUGAGCCAGAUCUCCGUCAAGGUCACCGCCGGAGGCACGCAUCGCAUCCAGCUGCCUGUUCCAUUGUUCUUCCCAGGUUCUAGCCCUCUCAAUGUUCAGCAACAGCUCGCGCAACAACUCGCCCCAAAAGAAAAGACAUUCAAUUUUGACAAAGACGACUUGCAGCUGCUUGUGCGCGUCUCUGGCACCAAGAUUUUUGUGCCACUCGACCUCAAAGUGCAUAGCUCGCAAAUCUUAAAACAGAAGCGCGCUCGACUUUUGUUGCAGCCUUCGCAGCGUGAACCAGAGUCCGCUAAAAUGGAAGGCGACGCUUUGCUCAAUGCUGCCGGCGAUGCUGCAGAAGCACCCAAGCAUGUCGCGCCUGCCACACCAGCAACGGAAGUAAUUGAUUUGCUUACAUCUGCACCCAUGCCAAGCGCCUUGGCAUCCAAAGAACUUGCUGAAAAGACAACAAGCACCUAUGAUCCUAACGACAAGUCCCUGGAAAACAUGGCGGUAGCUCUCUCCAGAAACACUGCGCAGAUGGGUAAAAUCGUCGCUGUUUCGGAUCGUCUGGUGAAUGCACAUGCCGAGCAUGUCUUGCAGCAAAAGGCACUGACGGACGUCGUCACUCAGCUCGUUGAGCAAACCAAACAACUCGGUGCAGUGUGCACACCUGGACAUUACGGAAGGCAUGGCAGAGACCACACUCACGGCCCUUAUCAUCGUGGCGUUCACAAGCACGUCGAGAAAGAAUCUGUUCCUUUCCGACACAAUGCAGUCUGCGACCACUGCAACUCUGCAAUCUCUGGACUGCGAUUCAAGUGCUUGGCUUGCCCGGACUUUGAUAUGUGUGCGCCUUGUUUCGAAGACGUUGUCAAGACUCAUGGCACUCACCGCUUUGUGCGCAUCUCUGACGAUGUCAUUCUGGCUCCUACGAAGAAGGUCGUUCAAGUCAUGCACAACGGCAUCAUGUGCGAUGGCGCACUCUGUAGAAACUCCAACAAGUUCAUCGCUGGAGCACGCUACAAGUGUACGUUGUGCCCAGACUUCGACCUUUGCGGCGCUUGCGAGGCUCAUCCACUCAAUAAGCAUGAUCCUUCCCAUCCGCUCAUCAAGAUGAAGGUGGCGUUCUCCCCAGCUCGAUCCAAGGUACUCUUUGGACAGGCUCAGAAGAUCUUGACGCCUCCUUCUCGACCAGUCUUUAGCAGCCCCAUGCAGCACUCCUCGCCUGCCAAGUCCUCUGUGUCGCUCGCCUCAUCGAACGCUUCAUCUGCUACAGUCACCAGCGUUGCUGUUUCGUCUCCCGAGAGCACAGCAAAGGAAACCGAUUCGCCGGCUGUCAAGCAAUCUGCCGUCGGAUCGACCUCUGAAAAGGCGCAAGAGACCUCUUCGCCAAAGCAGUCUCAUGCAAAACUCCAAAAACCCGUCAAACCCAGCCAAGAGACGCCCGUCCAGCACUUCACAGUCAUCUGCGAUGGAUGCGACAAGCAAGUCACUGGACAUCGAUACAUGUGUGCAUCCUGCAACGACUACGAUUUGUGCAGCACUUGCUUCCUUUCAGUCAAGCACAAACCUGACCACACCUUUGUACGCUACAAUCGUCUUGUCGACAACGCCAGCAUGCCCGUGGUUAAGGCUAAUAUCUUGAAGGAGGUUGAAGCCGAUAUUCUAGCAGGAGUUGGCUUUGAGUGUAACGAGUGCCACGAGCCCAUUGAUACUGGUUUACGUGCUACCUGUGUGUCGUGCCAGAAUUAUGAUCUGUGCUGGUCGUGCUCUGGCAAGCGGUUUGACACCGACAGGUCGGCUCACAAGAGUGGACACGACAUGAUCGUCACACCCGUGGUGCGCGAGGUCUUCAAUGUCACGAAUGGCAACCAGUCUGUCGACAAGGCCACUGACCAGGUCAAGUCCGUUGAGACGUCUAGCUCUGUUGCUGAGCAUCAUCCCAUCCCGGCUUACCUGCCUCUAGAAGCAACAUUCAUGGAAGACCUGACUAUCCCUGACGGCAGCACCAUUUCGCCUGGCAGCACCUUGGUAAAGCAAUGGUCCAUGAAGAACACUGGCUCGCACGCUUGGCCAGUAGGUGUGUCGGCAUGCUUCAUCGGCGGUGCAGCUAUGCAAGCCGUCGAAGUCGCUGGACAGUCUGCUACGCCACAGCUACGUACCACUGAAACAGUCGCUCCCGGUGGCUCAACGACAAUUUCCGUCAUGCUCCACGCACCAACAGAGGUGCAAGACAAUGUCAUCUCUUACUGGCAGCUUUGCACAGCAGAUGGCAACAAGUUUGGUCCUCGCCUCUGGAUGGAUGUGGACGUCCAGACACCUAUCGCUGAUGAUUGUGCCGCCCGAGUCACUACGAGCGGCAGCUCUCAAUCUUUCCAAUCACUCGGCUCUCGACUCGUGUUCCCGAGCGCCUCUAUGGAGCUUCCCAAGGUCGACCCUCACGGAACCUUAUCUUCUGAUGCAUCCGAGGCCAGGUCUCAGCUAGGCCACAACAUUGAUGAUAUUGAGACUCUGCCUUCUGAUGACGAGAUUCAGCUCAGUGACGAAUCAGAAUUUGAGCUGCUGGACGAGGACUCAAUUGACGGCGCCGAGUAGGGAUAGGUUCAUGGUUCAUUUUUAUAUCUAUGUGCGAGUGCGCUGUUUUGUUUUCUAGUAUCGUCCAUACUAACUUAUCAUCCCUGCUCUACUGC